CCCAUACCAGCUUCCUCACCACCAUCAACCAAUCCGUUGUUGCACUAUUGUCCUCUCACUAGACCUCAAAUCAAGUGGAUCCCUCUCAUCGCUCGAAGUUGAUCCCCAGCCCAACAUGUCGGCUCCAGCAGGUGCGCAUUCUUUGUUCCUUGGACGUAGCAGUGUCUUGCGUCUUGCUGCUCGAGAACCCUACGUUCAAGCAUGGCGAACGCAGAGACCGUCGAUCGCUUGUCUCCGCAACGCGUCCACCGCUUACACUACUUCUUUCUCCUCUACGCCUCCCUCUGGAUUCCCAAAUCAUGCAUCGAUCGCACGCCAACGAUCUUCCAUGGCUACUCGUUCCUAUUCGUCGUCCAUGUUUUCGCGGAACUUAUCCGGCACGUCUGCUGCAUCGUCCACAUCCACGCCCGCAGAGACAGCCUCCUACAGGCUCAACCACACCAUGUUCCGCAUCAAGAAUCCGGAAAUCAGUCUUCGUUUCUACACCGAGGUGAUCGGCAUGGAAUUGAUCAACGAGCACGAUGCAGGCGAUUUCAAACUCUUCUUUUUGGCAUUUACUCAAAACCAAAAGGGCUUGAACCAGAGUCAUAGAGAGGGUAUCCUGGAACUCACUUGGAACAAGGGUACUGAAAAGGAUGAGAAUUACAAGGUUCACAAUGGAAAUGAUCAACCUCAGGGUUUUGGCCACAUUGCCAUCUCGUGCGACAAUGUGCAGAAAGCGCAAGACUACCUCUUGUCCAAGGGCGUUCAAUUCAAAAAGAAGCUCGAAGAUGGCAAGAUGCACGAAAUCGCCUUUGCUCUCGACCCAGACGGCUACUGGAUCGAGUUUAUUCCUCUCAAAUUCUGAGCAGGGUGCGCCUUACUUGACGCAAGCGUCAUGUGACGUGCGCCGUACAAUAUAACAAACAUGACGCAAUCGAUAGUUCUUUUCUAUAGAUCUUUUGAUCGUCUGAUCACGUCACGACUCACACAGCGGUUUUCUCAACGUCUGACACACAAUCCCUUGGCUCACAACUGCCCGUGCCACGCAUACACGCAACGCGCUAUCUAUUUCUUCUCGCCAUCCACCUGACCAGGUCUGCCAUUCUCCACAUCCCAAUCCAUCUCAUGCUUCAUAGCCUCGUAAGCCUUAUCCCUAUCGCUCAUCCUCUGUCCAAAACAGUCCGUUCCUACCCUCACAUUAUCGCUUCCCGACCUGAUAGCAGCAUCCAGAUCUCCAGACAUG